CUGAGGUUCCCGGGCGGGCGGGCGCGGAGAGACGCGGGAAGCAGGGGCUGGGCGGGGGUCGCGGCGCCGCAGCUAGCGCAGCCAGCCCGAGGGGCCGCCGCCGCGACCGCCCAGCGCGCUCCGGGGCCGCCGGCCGCCGCCAGCACCCGCCGCGCCGCAGCUCCGGGACCGGCCCCGGCCACCGCCGCCGCGAUGGGCAACGCCGCCGCCGCCAAGAAGGGCAGCGAGCAGGAGAGCGUGAAAGAGUUCCUAGCUAAAGCCAAAGAAGAUUUUCUUAAAAAAUGGGAAAAUCCCGCUCAGAAUACAGCCCAUUUGGAUCACUUUGAACGAAUCAAGACCCUGGGCACGGGUUCCUUCGGCCGAGUGAUGCUGGUGAAACACAAGGAGAUGGGGAGCCACUACGCUAUGAAGAUCCUCGACAAACAGAAGGUGGUGAAACUGAAACAGAUCGAGCACACCCUGAAUGAAAAACGCAUCCUGCAAGCAGUCAACUUUCCGUUCCUCGUCAAACUCGAGUUCUCCUUCAAGGACAACACAAACUUAUACAUGGUCAUGGAAUACGUGCCCGGUGGGGAGAUGUUCUCACAUCUACGGCGGAUCGGAAGGUUCAGCGAGCCUCAUGCCCGUUUCUACGCGGCCCAGAUCGUCCUGACCUUCGAGUACCUACACUCGCUCGAUCUCAUCUACCGGGACCUAAAGCCGGAGAACCUCCUCAUUGACCAGCAGGGCUACAUUCAGGUGACGGACUUCGGUUUCGCCAAGCGCGUGAAGGGCCGCACCUGGACCUUGUGCGGGACCCCCGAGUACCUGGCCCCUGAGAUUAUCCUGAGCAAAGGCUACAACAAGGCCGUGGACUGGUGGGCCCUGGGGGUUCUCAUCUAUGAGAUGGCUGCUGGCUACCCGCCCUUCUUCGCCGACCAGCCUAUCCAGAUCUAUGAGAAGAUCGUCUCUGGGAAGGUGCGGUUCCCUUCCCACUUCAGCUCUGACUUGAAGGACCUACUUCGGAACCUCCUGCAGGUGGAUCUCACCAAGCGCUUCGGGAACCUCAAGAACGGGGUCAAUGAUAUCAAGAACCACAAGUGGUUUGCCACGACUGACUGGAUCGCCAUCUACCAGAGGAAGGUGGAAGCUCCCUUCAUACCAAAGUUUAAAGGCCCUGGUGACACGAGUAACUUUGAUGACUAUGAGGAGGAAGAGAUCCGGGUGUCCAUCAAUGAGAAGUGUGGCAAGGAGUUUUCUGAGUUUUAGGGGUGUGCCUGUGGCCCCACGGGUUUUCUUUUCUUUUUUUCCUUUUUUUUUUUUUGGUGGGGGGUGGGAGGGUUGGAUUGAACAGCCAGAUGGCCCCAGAGUUCCUUGCAUCUAAUUUCACCCCC